GUAUAAAGUUGAAAAUGUGAAAGCGAUAGUUAUUUGCUGUCUGAAUAAGCUCUGGAUUUUAGUCAGGUUGUUGAGUUUUCUGUAUUUCAUAUAACGGAGUACAAGGAGGAUGGAUUUAAUAGAUGCGAAGUUGCCUGGAGAAAAGAAAAAUAAGAAGAAGAAAAAGCCGACGCUACGAUUUGAACUGGAUUUACCUGACUCUACUGGAACAACUUGCCCUGAAUACUCAUAUAUUGAUCUUGUGCGUACAACAUUAAAGGAAAAGAAAUCGAAGGGUGAAAAUGAUAUAAUGUGCCAGAAUCUGUUGGAAGAAGAAGAAGAAAAAGAAAGGAAUGAAGCCGAAGCAAUGGCAAAAUAUUUCGAAAUAAAAUAUGGAGCGACUGCGGCAGGACAUAAACAUAAAAGAAAAGAUAAAGUCAGGGAUUUAGUUGGUGCAGGAUAUGGAUAUGAUGAAAAUGAUCCGUUUGUUGAUGAUUCAGAAGCGUAUGAUGAAAUUGUUCCUGCAACUCUUACAACACAGCAUGGUGGAUUUUAUAUCAACACUGGACAAUUGAAUUUCAGAGCUGUUUCAGAUCAAUCUGAUGCAGAGAACUCAUCCUCAGAUGACACAAUGCCUCUUUCCCAUCACAUUACUAAAAAGAAAAAGAAAAAACGUCAUGCUAAUUUGCUUGAAACUGAUGAAAGUGAAAAUGAAUUUAAAGAUAUUGGUUCAAUCGAAACGAAAAAGAGAAAGAAAAAGUUGAAACCUGUUAAAGAUCUUGACGGCAAGAAAAAACGGAAAAUAUCCAUAAAUGGAAAAGACAAAGUUACAGGAUUAAAAAAGAGUAAGAAAAUAAAGAAACCUACCUCACUCGCACAGAAAUUAGUAGCAAAAGCUAAAGCUCAACAAAUGAUGAGUGCUUCCGUGGUUGGAAGUCCUGUGCAUCAGAACAUUGUUUCGCAAAACAGAAAAAAUUCCGCUGAGCUGAUUCGCUUGGGUAACAAAGACUUAGCUCAAGUAGCAAAACAAGCAACUAGAAAUUUGAUGAACAUCGGUUUAAGUAAUGAUGAUUUUAUUACAGAAAAAGAAGUGAAAAAUGGGGUUGAUGUUACAAAUGAUUUAUCGAAAAAUACAACAUCUUCACCUGAAAAUCAUGAACUGCCACCAAAUCUACCACAGAUGCUUGGAGAUAAAAUUGAAUCUCUGAAAAAGAUUGCUAAAUCUGCAGAAGGAGAGGGCAAACUGAAAUUUUUUAACAACAACGUUAAUCGUAUCUUACUCGGUAUCGAGGAAUCUUCUCAGGGUUUGCGUACCAAGGAAAGACAAGGAAUGUAUCAACACAUUGCUCAACAUCUACCUUGCUCAAAAGAUACUUUGUUGAAACGAGUGAAGAAGUUACAAGUUAAUGAUAGUGAUCAACAGCUGAAAGGUCCGAUAGGAAAACUGAAAGCAGCAGUUGAUGCUGUUAUGACAUCACAAAUUGAAGCUUAUGUUGUGGAGUGUGAUGCCAAAUCUGAUAAAUUUUUUGAUAAGUCUGCAUGUGCCGCUUCUACUGAUGAGGAUGAAGAAUGCGAAGAGAAAAGUUUAAGUGGAACAUUAGAUGGUACCGAGGCAGCAGGAGAAAAAGUUAAGCGUACUUACGCUCCACGAAGAAAAUUUAAGUGGGAUGAUAACCUUAGGAAAUUGCUCUGUGAUGUUGUUACUGUUAAAAUGAGUUUGUAUGAAAGAUUCAAGGUUCGAGAGAAACAAAAUCCUGAGGAAUAUUUAAAAGCAUUUCUUGAAACGACGAUCAAACCACUGUGGCCAAAACCUUGGAUGCAAACUAGGAUAUUGUUCAAGGAGAGUCGUUCAGCUCAUCAUAAUUUAACUUUUAAUAGCGCAAAACAAAAGAAAAGUGUUUCUCCAAAUAUAUCAGAAACAGACAGCAUGCAGGAUAUCAGUAAAGAAAAAUUAUCGAAAGGCAACAGUGGUAUUCCGUUAUCAGAAAGUGUAAAAAAUAGGAUAGCAGAGGCAAGCAAACAACAUGUUAAGGCUAUUAGUAAAAAAGAAAACAACCUUAGUUCGGACACGAAAGAUAGUAUCUCUCUUUUACGAAGAAAGCUGUCAUCUGGGAAAUUAAAAAUAAGGCAUACACCAAAUCACCAGUGGAAAAAGCACAAAAAGAAAAAGAAACGUAGAGAGCAUGAAAAAGAAAAGUGUAUUCAAGUAGUAGAAGAAUCCCAUAGUGAAAACUUGAAAUUAAAAGAUAGCAAAAGCUUAAAGGAGAUGAGAGAUGUAUCUCCUUGUAAAAAAGUAAAAAAAAAUCGCAAAUCCACAAGGGAAGAUAAAGUUAAGAAGGUAGCCAAUGAUUUUCAGCAUUCCAUGCAGAGUAAUUCCAAGGCGCUAAACAAAACAGGAAUAUCUAGGAAGAAUUUUUACUGUUCAAAGAGUACGCAAAAGUUAGCAGGGAGCAUCAUAACCAAACCCCAGCCUUUAAUUCAUAGUAGCAAUGAGGGAGCAGUUUCGCCAAUGAUUGUGUCGCAUCGUAAAAAUUGUUUGAAGCGAAAGGAUCGAAUAAAAAAGAAGUCAAGUUUACUGCAGACUAAACCAAUCCAUGCGUUAGAUACUGGAAGUUAUAAAAAGGUACUUGGUUCUGCCAAAGACUCAAAUAAAGCUGCUGAUAUCGCUUCUGGACAAAAAUAUGUCGGAACGUUAAAUAACUCUGCUGGACAGAGUGACACAACUGCUAAGUCAUUCAAGAAGCAGCUUAUUUAUGAAACAAAUGACUCGAAAAAUUAUAAACCAUCGGUUAAUGCUGUUAGUUCCCGCAACUCAACAACAUAUAGCACAAAUGAUAAAAUAAAAAUUGGAAAUUUGACAUCAGGAGGUGGUUUUGAAUUAGUAGCGUCGAUAGAAAGUGAAAAUUCUCCUACCUCAAGUCCACUCUCUACACAAAAGAAGGCACCCCCUUCAAAUGAAAAAGUCUCCACUAGCAGCUGGAAAGCCUCUAAUACAAGCUCAAUUGUGAAGACAAAAAUGCCUUCAGCAACAAUGUUGAUAAAUCCUGGUUCAACUAAGAGGGUUGAUAAAAAAUCAUACUCGGAUAAGAAUUUCAAUCGUUCGUUUGAUUCCUCAUUUAGCUCUGCUGGUGAUGUUCCACUUGCGAUGAGCUCACAGGCUAUGGAAAGUUAUGCAUCUGAUAUAAUCAAAUUUAUGAUGGAUCAAAACCAACUGGCACAUGCAAAUCCAGUUUACCACGGAUCCCCUGGUUUAUCAAACUAUGAUGCUAUUUCAAAAAUAUUGGGUCUCAGUCCUAAUGACGCUUUGCCUGAAGGUGUUAAGAACUCCAAACAAGACGAAAAACUCAAAUUUAAGAUUUCAUCCGCUGCUGUAACGCCCAGCAGUGCUUCAAAGGGUGGCUUCCCAAAAUUAGAUGUUGGUACUAAACGUGUAGCUACAGCAAUUGGGCCUUCUUGGUCUUCUCAAAAUCCCACACCUCCUAAAAUAUCUAAACCUGACAAAGUGCCCUCAAUAGCAAAGCAGAAAGUAUGUCCACCAACGUCAACAGCGCCUGUGUAUUCUGUGACAUUCGAUGAUAAGCAUGCCAUAAAAAAUCUCACAAUGAGACCGAUACCAAACUUUGCUGUGCCGUCUAUAUCUAGUUCAAACUUUUCUGGCCAGCGAUCGCGUUCUAACCAGCACCACUCUAUUGAGAAAUCCACUGUGUCUCCCAAUACCCCAAAUUUUAAAAUUGCACAAUCAGCCAUAGAUAAUUUAGCAAACAUACAUAACGUUCCACCAAUGUCUCCUACUUUUUCGCAAAAUACCAAACGGAGUUCCUCAACUUCUUGUUCUGUUCCAAUACCCAAACUUCAAUAUUCACCAUCUGGUGCGUCUAAUAUUAAAUUGGAAUCAAUCCGUGGUGGAUUCAAUCCAAUGUUACUUUCGUCAAUGGCUAGCUCUUUCAAUCCAAACACAAACUCGUUUUCUACUGCUUACUCGUCUUCGUCAAACCUUUCUAAUUCUGCUGCAUCGAAGCUCAAAACAAUGCCAGUCAGUUCUGCUCGAAAUUUUCCAGAAAAUUAUUCAAUGACUGACCCACAGUUUUCAAAAUCAUUUCCAUUGGUCAACCUUGUUGAUAUUCAGGGGAACGAUUCAGUUAAGCAAGCAGCAUUGAAUCUGAAUAUUAAAGCAAACCAGAACAGAUGAGAGAGUGGGCAUGUUUUUUUAUAGUCAUUCAUUAUACAUCAACUAUCUGGUUGUGUGGAGAAUUUAAAGAAUCAUAUCUGCAGUUUCUGACCUGUUUUUCAGCAUUUCAUGUGUAAUUUUUUAUGUACACCAUGAUAUUUCACCUGAAGUUUGAAAUUAUAGGGAAUUUUAUGGGUUCUCGUACCUAGUAGUCUGCUUUAACCAGUUUAAAGCUGACAUCAACAACUCAUUUUGUAUCUUUUCACAUUGUGUGUUAUCAUCGUCUGGUCAUUUUAUAUUUUUUACGAGGUCAUUAUUCAUUCUCCAAUAAUAAAUAUGAAUAAAGGACUAUGUUCUGCUUUCCAAUUUUUUUUCUGAAUGUUAACACUCUCUCAAAUGUUUACACACAAAAUGGAAUGAAUUGAAUAUUUUGCAGUUUGUCGAAAAAGUCUUUGCUUCCUUGAGUAUAAAAAUAUACUUUCAUCUAUGUUGCAAUUGGAGAUAAAAAGUAUAGUUUUUUCAGCAGUCUAGGUAUAGCAAUUUGAUAAUAUUGAUGCUGGCUGAUCUCUUGCCUAUUAUUUAAACUUUACAAGGCAAUUUGAUAAUCCAAUAAUGCAUUCUAGUCAUUUCUAUCUAUUCAAAGUGUAGAAAUUUACUUGGUACACUGCUCUGUCCGAAAGUGAAGUGAUGAUAUUUUCAAUCUUGCAUGGCUUACGAAAAAUCGUAAACUGGUGCUACUCAAUUUUGACUUGAGGAAAGUUUGGAAAGGAAUACUUUUCUGUCUUGAAAUAAUGUUAUCUUCAGAUUAAAGCUGCUAGUUAUUUUGCAAUAAAACAUUGUCUAUUCUGA